CGCUUUAAGAACGCCUGUGCCAAUCGAAUAGGGAACUCGAGUCUCUUUUCUCCUGGUUUAUCCUUACUACUCCCCUGUACCGAACACUGUGUCUUUAGGGCGACCCCAAGUUGUUUUUUAACUGCCGCUGGCUGUGGAGGUCCAUCUGUCUGGCUCGUUUUUCCCCUUCUUAUUACUGCACGCCUUUACAUCAUUUUCCUGUUUGGCGGUUAAGGACUGCAUUAACCCAAACAGAUUACCUCUUGCAUAGUCACCCUGUUUUCCCCACUCAGAAACCUCACUCCACAUAUGGUGGCUGACACAAAUCCACCCAAGCGCUCAAACAGCAUCUCAGAUGUGCCGAAGACGCGCAAGCGCUCGCGCACUGGCGGCAGCAAGGACCUGUACGAGGGCCAUUCUCAAGAUGUAAUGAUGGCCAAGACGCUGAUUGACCCCGACCACCAGUGCUCGGUGACGACGGUGAAGGCGUACGUAACCCACGUCUGCGCCUGGUUCAGGUACUGCCGCACGCUGCCAGAGCCCAACUACACGCUGGUGAACGAGGAAAAGCUGUCGGGGUUCCUGAAGUGGGCGACGCAGACCCCGCGCCUUCCGUGCAAGAGCGGCAGCGGUGGCUCGAUGUCAUAUCAGUCAGCGCGUCGCUACGUCGAAGGCGGGAUCCUGGCGCUGUGGCGGCGGUACAAGAUGCCGGAUGAGGAGAACCCGCUGCACGCACUCAGCUACCUGAGCACCAAGUACGCCAUCCGCGAGGCCACCAGCUCGUCAACGCCCAAGAGCGCGCCCGAGAAGCACUUUACAGCGAUGCCGGUCAGCCAGGACCAGGAAGAGACCAUAGUCCGCACACUGCUGUCCCCCGAGCGUGGGCGUACUACUGUCUGGGCGCCGCCACCUGGAUUCCCUGGCGCACGCCGCCUGCACCUACGGCUUGAUGCCCUGCAUAUGUCCCAGCGCACGGAUGCCCGGCUUGUCGAGCACACGACCAUCCCGUUCAUGGAGUUCCGUGUCAACCCCGACCCGACGACGCCUACUGGCCGGUUCGCCGAGGUAACUAUGGCACGCCACACCAACCCGCUUGUGUGCCCCUGGUAUGCGGUCGCCAUGCUGGUGUUCUCGCAGUGGCAGGCGCAGCCGUCUGCCAUGGCAGCCGCCUCGCUGUACGACUCGACGACGUGGCUCAGCCAGCCGCUGUUCCUGGCGUCCACUGCCGACUCGCUUGUAUUCCUGGCUGACGAUGCCCGCGUCAAGAUGGUGCAGGACGAGCUGGCGCCUAUUCUGGCCCACGCAACCGGCAAUGGUCGGGGCUACGGCAGAAUGAUGGCUGAGGCGCUGGGCCUAAAUGGCGUCGUGCACCACCGGCGCACCGGCGUGACACGCGCACAGACGUUCUUCGACCUGACACUGCCGCCAGCACACACAGACACGCCGCAUGCAUUCAGGGCUCCGUCACGCACACGACUCCAGGUGCCAGACCACCUUGUCACGCAGGUGUUCCCAUGGCUCUGCGACUGGCUGUCACAGCUGCCAUCGCCGCCCACACAGGGCGGGCGGCAGCGGUCGUACAGCAUGAGCGCACAGAACUCGGACGACGUGGCCCGGGCCGAGCGGUCCGCCAGCAUUCGCAUGAUGCGCGAGCUGGCUGUGGUGCUGCUGAUGUCUGACCCACAGUAUGCGCCCAUCCUGGACGCCCACCCGAUAUUCCAGGCACCUGUGUUCCACUCGCGUGCCUUCCGCGACUUUGCCAACUACGCCGCUCAGGCGCUGUCCCUGCGCCACUCGGACGUCUAUGCGCCGCCGCCGCCUCUGCUCGUCUCGCCGGUGCCCCAGCCAAUGACCCCCGCACUUGCCAGCCCUGUGCACUCGGGCCCAACGCUGCUGACCCAGCCGUUCCCGACCCUGUCGGCGCCCCCCUCGGCGCGUCGCCGUGGCAUGACAUUUGAAACCAUCCAGGAGGACGCGGAGCCGCCCAUGUCAGCAUUCCCGUCAAUACCCAUGUCUGCCCACCACCACAUCCUGCCACCCACCAUGCCUACGUUCAAUCCGAUGCUUUUGUCUCAGCCGCUGGCUUUCCCCCCGCUGAUAACGACACCAACCCAGCCCGUCGCCUUCCCACAGCUCAUGGAGGAGCAGCCACAACAACAACACCAGCACCAGCACCACCAGCACCACCAGCAUCAGCCCCCAGUAGAUGACCCGACACAGCAGUACUCGCAGCAGGACUUAUUUCAGCUGAUUGACUAUCUGUCGACGUGCCAAAGCCCGCCACAGGUUUUUCCGAUGACGCAGAAUAGCGCACCACUGCCAGCGGCUGCGUAUAAGCAGGAUGCACGGCCCAAGGUGACUUCCCAGCAGAUGUAUUUUAACCAGCAACCCGGAUCCUCAUCACCAACACCGACACCGGGCUCAGACAGCCCUGGACUGACCGCCGCUGACUCCCUGCAGUUCUCCAUUGCGCCGUACAAACUGCAGCUCAAGUCCGAUACCGACCUGUUCCUGCAAUAGGCGGGCGUGUAUUUCUAUGCGCUGGUUGUCUGUUUUGGCCGUUUUUC